AUGUGGCCGUUUAGCAGGACGGGUCCUUCGGGUUUCUCAUCCAAGUCGACGGCAGAGGAUGUCACGCAAGGGAUAGAUGGAAGCGGUCUUACGGCCAUCGUCACAGGUCCCGGGCUCUGUGUUUCUUGUGUGUGUUUAUGUUCUUGUAUCAGUAUGGUUUUUUGGUUUAUUCCUCGGGUCGUUACUUUUGCAUGAUUACUUACUACGGGACUCGAACGGUGUGAAUUCUCUCGGAGAUCGAAGGUUACCUUAUUUCGAACUAAUCUGUUCAUGGUUUUAGCCGCGGUGUUCCUCGAACCGUUUACUUGAGGGGCUAAUUCUUGGCGUUCAGUUUGUGCUUUCUGUUGUCGCAUGCCAGAUUUGUUUCGCAUCUGCUAGCGCGUCUCCGUGUAUUUUUGGUUGUGGAUCUUACUUUUUUCAGCUCUGUUUACAUCGGCUCUUGCCAAAUUGUGGAAAUUUGCGUUGUUGUGAAGGGUUAAAGCCACCUGUGAAUCCCCUCGCGAACUAUGUUCAGCUGCUUUCUUUACGAUUAAAUUAUUGGGUAAGAUCCCAGAAAAAAAUUCUUUGGAAGCCUCUCGGUCGCCUCGUGUUGUGAAGUUGACAUUACUUCCGGUGUACUUCUUGUCACUUUGGUGUGGCAGAAUAGAAGUAAGAUUCAGCACUGUUAGAAAUGUGUUCAUGAUAGAGCAUGUUGUGCUUAUCUGUGUAGAAUGUUUAUUUGUCUAAAUUGCCAUGCAGAUCGAACGGAAUACUGCUGCCACUACUCCUUUGAGAAUAAAGAAAAGAUAUAAAAAUCGAUGCACUGUUCCGUUAAUCAUUUUUCUUAUUUUUUCACGUACGUCAACUAUGAAGGAUUAUCUCAUGCUUCUAGGAGAUAGUUGAGCUCAAUUCUAUUGGAGUUUAUUUCUGGUGUUUACGUUAAUCAUCUUGUUUUUUUUAAUCAGGAGCAUCAGGUGGCAUUGGGGCUGAAACUGCAAGAGUUCUUGCACUUCGUGGUGUUCAUGUAAUUAUGGCUGUGAGAAAUUUGUCUUCUGGUGCAAAUGUCAAAGAAUUAAUUCUCAAGGAGACCCCUACUGCAAAAGUUGAUGUUUUGGAGCUAGACCUCAGCUCUUUCGCAUCUGUGAGGAAAUUUGCCUCAGAAUUCCUCUUGUUGAAUCUACCGCUCAACAUUCUCAUGUAAGAUAACUUCCUUAGAGUUCGCAUCACUCUUCAUCUCUUUAGAAUAUUGUCAAACGUAGACUGGUUCAUUUCAUCAUCACCAUCGGAAAUGUUUAAUAAUUUAUUUGAUCUUUGUCUGAAGUAACAAUGCAGGAAUUAUGGCGAGUCCUUUUUUACUCUCAGUGGACGGUUUAGAAUUGCAGUUUGCGACGAACCAUGUUGGUAUGCAUUUAUUAUUCUGUCGCAGUCGACUUUUUUAUGCUCGGCCUGUGGGGUAUUUUUAGACAGGUUACAUAUCAGCAGUCCGAUUGAGAGUUUUUUUUUCUAAAUAACCAUGACCCGCUAGUUAUUUUCUCCUUUUUUUCUCAAGUAAUAGGAAAAAGAUCAGUAAGAAUCACAACAAAGGUUUAUGAAGGGCUCAGAUGGCCAUCGUUAGAUAACAUUUUGAAUUUUUUCAUUGUUCUCCUUUUACGAAGUUCAAACCUUUCGAAGAAGAAAGAUUUUCAUUACUCUCCCCUCUGGUCCGUGAUUCUAAACUGGGCAAGCCAUCAUUGUUCUAGCCCAUACCUGCCUUCUAGGGGAAGCGGUCCAAUGGCAUCAUCCUGCAAAUUUAUUACCCCCAAACAUUCUUGGGCUUGGGGUAUAUGUGACUCUCCACUGUGUGACAAUAUAUGUUAGGGGGAUUACCCAUUUAGGAUCUGGCUAUUCAUGGAAGGUGUUAGAGAUCGUGGGUUAGAAUUCUGAUGCUUUCUAAGGGAAUUUUCCAAUAGUGGGCUAGGGAUCUCAUAAGUGCCUUCUCAGAUGAACGGAGAGUAUCAUAGGGAAGAAAACAGGUGGUGAUGUCAUUUCAUGCUAUUGAUGGUCUUGCUGAAAUUCCGAAGGAACUCAAGGAGCACGAUAUUUAACCAAGUGUUACGCAGAACAAGUCUUCUAUAUUAGGCUUUACUUCUAUUUUUCCUUUCUGUCCUAUUAUUAGAUGUAUUUUCCCUUUUUCGUGUUCCCAUUAUUAGACCUUUCCGUAAUACCGGAAAGGUUUAUUAGACGCCAAUAUAAAUACUGGUGUACUGCCCUGAGAAGGGCUAAGUCAGUUUUUCCCUUUCUUGCUUCUGCUGUAUCUCGUAACACCAAGUGCUAGAUAUGAUCUUUUCGUAGUUUCUGUGAAGUAAUGAAUGAUAUUUCUUGGGUAUGGAUGUUUUUAUCAAAGUAAAGUGUUUGGUCAUGGAUGUUUCUAAUAAAAGAAGAAUUCCCUGUUAAAAGCUAGAAGUUUCCAUCCACUUUCAGAGAAACAAGCUGUAAGUUUCUAAUUUACUAGAUUGUCAGCUCUUGUAAAUAGAUCUACAAGGAACAUAGAAUCUAUCACAAGUUGGGAGAAGCUGUUUCUUCUAGAAAGAAGAAAAUAAAAUUUGAUAAUCCUAUUGUUUUGCGCAAAAAAUGUGCUUGUAAUUAGUGCUAAGAAUUUUCCCUUAUUGUUUAUUAUAGAAACAUGAUUAUGAAGACAGGGUAGGUCUUACUUGGAUGACACCAAGACGCUGACAUGAUUACUCUUUCGUUAGACGUAGUGUCAUUUAUGUCGUCUGCAUAACAAAAGUCAAAACAUUAGCUCGCGUAUGAGUGGGAGUGUUAAAAGUAGUCACUCAUUUUUCAUCAUAGAAAUAAACCCAUGAUUGUAAAGAUGGUCGACUGUAGCUAAUUGGUUUUGAGUUUGACUUUUUGAUAUCUCUAAUACGUCACAUAUCAUAAAACAAAGUGUUCAGGUUGUAGUUUUUAGAUAAUAUUUUGGUCAGUAAAUUAUGGAGAGAGAGAUGAGAUUUGCAAUUUUUUUCAGGCCAUUUUCUCUUGACUAAUCUUCUAUUGGAGAAUAUGGAAAGUACAUCUCGUAAUUCCAGUAUUGAAGGAAGAAUUGUGAAUGUUUCAUCUGAGGCACAUAAAUUUGCAUACUCUGGAGGAGUUCGAUUUGAUAAGAUCAACGAUCCAUCAGGGUAUAACUCUGUUAGCCUGUUUUCUGGUUCAUAUAUUUAUAUUUGUACGGAUGAAGACCUCGAGAAACAUCACUAUUAUUCGAUUUUUACAGAUUUAACACAAUAUGCGCUUAUGGUCAAUCAAAGCUUGCCAAUAUAUUACAUGCAAAUGAGCUUUCCCGUCGCUUCAAGGUAUUUUUUGUGGGCUUCUUUCGUUGCCUGAAAAUCAGAUAAUUUUCGCCUAUUAACGAGGUGCUCAUUGAUGUUCAACUUCAACACUAGUCACAUUGAGUGUCUUCUGUUCAGCGAGGUUCCUUGUUUUGCUAUUGAGGAUAAUUUUCCUGUACUCAGUAACCUAGAAUUAUCGAGUUAAGAUAUCCUGCCGCUGAACCUGCUAGUCGGAUAAAAUGUUGUUUUUAGCACUGGUUUUAAUAUAUGCAGGAAAGGGGGACGAAGAUAACUGCUAAUUCUCUACAUCCCGGGACGAUCUUCACAAAUCUUCUAAGAUAUCAUAGUUUUGUUGACUGUAAGAUGACUCGCUCUUUCUUUCUUUCUUAUUUAUACGAUCAACUUCUAUAAUAGUCCUUUUUCCCUUCUUUAUAUUAGUAGAACCGUGGAUCCCACUUAACAUAUGAAGCUGAAGGGAAAAACAUACCCAUGUCAGAAAUGGUGAUUUCCGAGGGAAACCUUUCGUAACCAUAGAGAUGUUUAAAAUUGUGAUGUCUUAGAAUGUCUUUCAUUGGCAUCUUUGAUUGCACUUCACAUUUAAAAUUCUAUAUAUUAUACUUUCGUGAUUUGAUUUUAUAGAACAUAAUGGGUCUCUGGUAUUUGAAUCUGGUUUGAUGUUUGUCUCCGACGCUGAUGAAGUAUUUAUGCUCUGAACUGGCAACCGGUAUGGAAGACACUUGGAACCCAGUUCUGGAGUUGGUUCAUGGCUAUGUAGAGUCCGCUAUCGGAGACAAUUGAAUCUAGAUAUUUAGAAGAAACUUUUGCACAUCUGCAAAAGUAUGGUGACCCAGAAAGAUACGAUUUUUCAAUUGUUAUCCAGUACUAUAAAUUAUACAGCAGAUGGAGAACAUGCCGCAGAAAAGCCGACUUUUUGCCUUGUCUUUGAGAAACCUGUAAAAUAUCAUUAAAUAUUAGCUUAAUUUCCUCCUCCGUUCUGGUAGACGACAAACAUAACAAGUCCUAGCAAACGGAGAGCGGAUACAGAUGAUGAUCAAAUGAUACAUUUCAAGUUUUUUUCAGCUUGGUUCGUGCUGCAACCGAUUUACUAUUGUUUUGAUAUUUCUUCUUUACUACUCUGUCACUUUCAAAUUUCGGAUUGACUUGGUAUGAGUAUCUCAUCCGUUCUACACAUUUUGUUGAAAAAUGAAAACAAGUUCUCCUUUGCUGACGACUUCUUCAGGAUCAUUAAUUAUGGUUAAAAUCUAAUGAGUCAGGCGAGAUGAAACGGGGAUGCACAUGCCUAAUGAUUAGCUGAGAGAAAAUUUGUGCCUAUUUCUUCCUGUACAGGGGAAGAUGAAUCAAGAUGAGGCGUGACUAGUCAAUUCCUGAAUUGGAAAGAAUCCAUUCUUCAACAUAGUUUGGCUCAGAUUUUAUUUGACCAAUCUCAGAUUGUGCUGUUCUAAUUAUUCCUACACUGAGCAGUCCUAUACGGAUUUUUAAUUGUUUACUUAAUUCGCUAUUUGGAAGAAUGAGCACUUGCUUCCCCAGAUACUAUUCAUGGGCUAAUAUAGAAGAAAUUUCUGUUUCAGUACUUGUGAGGAAAAUAGGGCGGUUGGUGCUCAAGAAUGUUCAGCAGGUGAGCCAAAAUCCUACUGUGAAAUUAUAUUCGGAGCAUAUUAGAAACACAUUUUUCCUCGAAAUCUUCAAGCAAACAACUCCGAAUGAUCCGAUUUAGUUGAUUCAUGGACUCGUGUCAUUUCAUGGGCUGCCUCCGGGGAGCCCCCUGCUUAUAUCUCUGGGUUUCUUUCAACAGGGGGCUGCAACAACAUGCUACGUUGCGUUGAAUCCCCAGGUCCAGGGAGUCAGCGGAAAAUACUUUGAAAACAGCAACUUAGCCUCCCCGAAUGCCAAAGCUACAGACCCCGAUUUGGCAAAAAAGCUUUGGGAUUUCAGCAUGGCCUUGGUCGGCUGA